CCUCUCAUCUGAAUCUCUCUGUUUUCUAUAAACCGUCAAGUGGGGGAAAUCCUGUUUUCAAAGUUUCCGACAAAAAAAGUUGCGAUAUUUCAACAAGCCAACGCGUCUUCUUUUGUCUUUACUUACUCUCGGCUUCUGUUUCUCUCUUGGUGGUUCAUAAUUACCGGAAAAUAUCAUCACUUAAUUCUUCGCGGCAUCGUCUUGUUUUUCUCUUUUUUUUUGAGUUUCGAUCCACACUGCUUUUAAGCCUCGAUCUCUCUGUAUUGAGAAGAAGUUGAAAAUCUUACUUUAUUUUCCGAUGGUGUUUGGAUCGUUUUUCUCUUCUCUCAAAUUCUGGGGCAAAUCUCAGGAGCAGGAGCCGCAGAGAGGGAGGAUGCAAGAGAUAGAUCUUGGAGUUCACACAAUAAGGAGCCAUGGAGGCAGUGUAGCCACUAAACACAAGCACGAUUGGAUCAUACUUGUGAUCUUGGUGGGCAUCGAGAUCGGUUUGCAACUCAUACCUCCUUUCUACAGAUACGUGGGAAGAGACAUGAUGACAGAUCUCAAGUACCCUUUCAAUGACAACACCGUCCCGGUCUGGUCCGUGCCAAUCUACGCCGUGCUGCUUCCAAUCAUAGUCUUCGUCUGCUUCUACAUGAAGAGGACAUGCGUCUACGACCUCCACCACAGCAUUCUCGGGCUUCUCUUCACCGUCUUGAUAACUGGUAUCAUCACUGACUCCAUCAAGCUAGCCACCGGACGGCCUCGUCCUAACUUUUACUGGCGUUGCUUCCCUGACGGGAAAGAGCUGUAUGAUGCUUUGGGAGGUGUGAUUUGCCAUGGCAAAUUAGGUGAGGUCAAGGAAGGUCAUAAGAGCUUCCCGAGUGGACACACUUCAUGGUCCUUUGCGGGUCUUGGCUUCCUCUCGCUCUACUUGUCUGGUAAAAUCAAGGCCUUUAACAGAGAAGGGCACGUGGCUAAGCUUUGCCUCGUGUUCCUUCCUCUUCUCGCUGCUUGUCUCGUGGGGAUAUCACGUGUGGAUGACUACUGGCAUCAUUGGCAAGACGUCUUCGCCGGAGCACUCAUUGGCCUCUUUGUGGCUGCUUUCUGUUACCGUCAGUUUUAUCCCAAUCCUUACCAUGAAGAGGGAUGGGGUCCUUACGCCUAUUUUGUAGCAGCUCAGGAACGAGGACAACAACAAAACGGAGAUGUGUUGAGGACAAUGUCUCUGCAGGUUGACUCAACUUCCCUUGAAAACAUGGAAUCUGGCACUUCCUCUGCUCCAAGAUGAUUCAUUCUAUUUCAUCAUAUCAUUUGAUUCAUUAUUUGGGUUUCUUUUCAUUUUGGUCGUCGUGACUCGUGAGAGUGUGGAUGCUAUAGUAAAGUUGCAUCUGUGUAUUGAAAACCUCUACUUGUUGUAACCUUCCAUUUGUAAAUCAACUCUUCAUAUUUUUGUCUUUUUUUGGCUUCUGUAUUAUUUUUGUUUAGUUGAAACAGAAUUACUUGAUAGUUUUUGACA